CCCGGACGCUAUAAAAGCGCCGUACCUCCUCCAGAAAUCACAACACUCAGACUCGAGAACCAGACGAGAACCUUCACCUUCUGAGGAAGAACAACCCACCUACUGGAAAAAAUGGACCCUUGCGAGUGCACUAAGACUGGAACAUGCAGCUGUGCAACAUCCUGCACAUGCAAGGACUGCUCCUGCACCAGCUGCAAGAAGAGCUGCUGCUCCUGCUGCCCAUCAGGCUGCAGCAAAUGUGCCUCUGGCUGCGUUUGCAAAGGGAAGACCUGCGACACGAGCUGCUGUCAGUGAGGAGCCUGCAGCAACAACAUCCCGCCUCCUGCCCUUGUGAUGGAGCAAUGUGACCAACCGAAUCAUUAAACUUGCAAAUGUCUAGAGUAUAGUGUUUUGUACUUGUCUUUGAUGUUAAAAUAAACAUGUUUGAUUAAGGAAAA